GUCCCGGUCUCUUCGGGGACAGAGAGGGAAGGGGAUCCCAGUCCAGCCAACUGCCCAAGCCUGCCCCCUGCCCUCUCCUCAUCUGUUUUUGUUUUCCUAAAAGAACAAAAACAGUAAAAGAAAAUCCUUUCCCAGCCCUCCUCGAACCCUAAACCAGUACUUGGGAACAUGAUCUGCCCAACAUGAGGGAAAACUAAGCGAAAACCGGGAUUUUUUUUUAAAGGGGGGGUGGGGGAGGGUCCUUUUUGUUAAACUUUUUUCUAACAACUUUUAUUUUCUUACUUGUUAACUUUUCUUUUUUUCCAUCCACCCCUACCGGGGGUUGGGGAGCUAGAAUCGCUUCCACGAUGAGAUGAACGAAACCCCGAGUGACCCUAAAUUUCCCGUGGUGCGAGUGAGUCGCUGAGGAAAAGGGGGUGGGGGCAGGGUAGAGGGCAGGUGGUGGCCCUGGCCAUUGACUGGGACGGGAAAGCCAACCCCAACCUGACCUGCCAUGCUCACCCACAGCUAAAUCUCACCCCUCACCUCCCAGAGUGAGCAAGGGCUGCAAGAGAGGGUCAAGUUCAGUAAGGAACCCUGGGGGAAUGUAGCGCACUCUUCAGUGGGUUGGGGGAAAUCUGGAUCCAGGACUUAAAUCAGAUCUCACCACAGAGCGGGAAUAAUAAACGGUAUUUCUCUUAUCCCCUCUCCUCCUGCCAUCAUGAUCCUCCUUGGCAGCAGCUGCAGCCGCCUGAGGGUGAAAAUGUGGGUGAUGGGGAAGUUGGUAAUGACUCCGCUGUUUUUUCUGUUGGCUCCUUUGGGUAACAGCUGCCCGCCCCCGGUGUACACUGUAGUUUAUGGCAGGGAAAUCCUGUACCUCUCUUCCUUUUCUACCGAUUUCGCACUUUCCUCUUUGCUCUCCACCAAGUGUAAUCAAUAACAAGCACUGGCGAUACAUAGCACUAGUGAAAUCUGAAAUACUAACUAUAAUUAGCUACCACAGCCAUGGGUUUGGCUGGGUAAAACUCAAUUGGAUAUUUCAGUUUCAUUCACUUACCCUAGAAAAAAAAUCGGGGAUCCGUUUCCCCUUUACCCUUCUGAUCCUUUUCCUUUUUAAACGGGCCAAAAACCAAACUAACCCCACCAGAUGGAUUUAAAGGAUUGGGCUGGUGUUAGCUGCAUUUUAUUGUACACCUAAAUCUUGAUGAAAGGCUUCUAAUUUUAUUUAUUCUCCCCCCCCUUAUUUUGGCAAUUAAGUUGUCUCCCAUAAAUGUGUGUUCAAAAUUUUUGAUUCAAACUCUUUCCUCUCUUUCUACCCUUCUCUUUCCCCAUUCCUAUCCAUUCCAAAAUCUUAUUGUCCAAGACACGAUUGGAUGGCAAUUUUUUUGUUAGCAUUUUAAUAUGAUAGUCUUCUAAUAAUUGCCUGGGGUGCAUUUUUUGGGUUACAGCUGUUUUAGCUAUUCAGUCAUAUUAGCAGGAUAAAACGACUUGUUUCUGUUGUACUUGAGUCUUAAGAAAAAGUGCCCAUAGUUUAGCGACAAUUUCCAAAGGCUUUAGUACCACCUGUAUUUUACAAAAUGGGGGACCCAAACUCCCGGAAGAAACAAGCUCUGAACAGACUUCGUGCUCAGCUUAGAAAGAAAAAAGAAUCUCUAGCUGACCAGUUUGACUUCAAGAUGUAUAUUGCCUUUGUAUUCAAGGAGAAGAAGAAAAAAUCAGCACUUUUUGAAGUGUCUGAAGUGAUACCAGUCAUGACGAACAAUUAUGAAGAAAAUAUUUUGAAAGGUGUGCGAGAUUCCAGCUAUUCCUUGGAAAGUUCCAUAGAACUUUUGCAGAAGGAUGUAGUACAGCUCCAUGCUCCCCGCUACCAGUCCAUGCGAAGGGAUGUAAUUGGCUGUACUCAGGAGAUGGAUUUCAUUCUUUGGCCUCGGAAUGAUAUUGAGAAGAUUGUCUGUCUCCUAUUUUCUAGGUGGAAAGGAUCUGAUGAGCCCUUCAGGCCUGUUCAGGCCAAGUUUGAAUUUUAUCACGGUGACUACGAAAAACAGUUUCUGCAUGUACUGAGCCGAAAGGACAAGACUGGAAUUGUUGUCAACAAUCCUAACCAGUCAGUGUUUCUCUUCAUUGACAGACAGCACUUGCAGGUAAAUAACGUUGUAAGAUUUUGUUUGAAGGUUCUCAAACUUAAUGGAGAUGUGAGCUUUGCCCUCGAAUUAAUGAUUUACAAGGAAUUAACAGAUGUGCUUUUAAAAUCCAAGUUUUCUAAUAAUGUAGAAUCCUUCAUAGUACUAUGAUAAUCUUCUAUAAUU